GCGGCCCACGAGUGGGCCCGCGAGCUGUGGCUCUUCGGCCACGUCCUGGAGCGCGCCGCCUGCCUGCGACGCUGCAAGCGCACGCUGCCCGCCUUCCAGGUGGCCUACCCGCCGCGGCAGCUGCUGCGCGACUUCCAGAACCGCCUGCCCUACCAGUACCUGCACUACGCGCAGUUCAAGGCCAACCGACUGGAGAAGGCCGUGGCCGCGGCCUACACCUUCCUCCAGAGGAACCCCAAGCACGAGCUGACCGCCAAGUAUCUCAGCUACUACCGGGGGCUGCUGGACGCCGCCGAUGAGCCCCUCACGGACAUGGAGGCCCAGCCCUAUGAGGCUGUGUUCCUCCGGGCGGUGAAGCUCUACAACAGCGGCGAUUUCCGUGGCAGCACCGAGGACAUGGAGCGGGCCCUGGCCGAGUACCUGGCUGUCUUCGCUCGGUGCCUGGCUGGCUGUGAGGGGGCCCAGGAGCGGGUGGACUUCAAGGACUUCUACCCAGCCAUAGCAGAUCUCUUUGCAGAAUCCCUGCAGUGCAAAGUGGACUGUGAGACCAACUUGACCCCCAACGUGGGUGGCUACUUUGUGGAGAAGUUCGUGGCCACCAUGUAUCACUACCUGCAGUUUGCCUACUAUAAGCUGAACGACGUUCGCCAGGCCGCCCGCAGCGCCGCCAGCUACAUGCUUUUUGACCCCGGGGACAACGUCAUGCAGCAGAACCUGGUCUAUUACCGCUUCCACAGGGCCCGCUGGGGCCUGGAGGAGGAGGACUUCCAGCCCCGGGAGGAAGCCAGGCUCUACCACAACCAGACCGCCGAGCUGCGGGAGCUGCUGGAGUUCGCACACCUAUACCUGCAGUCAGACGAUGAGAUGGAGCUGGAGGAAACAGAAUCUCCGGUGGAGCCCGAGAACCCCCCAUCUGAUGCCGAGUUUGAGGGAGAGGGUGACUAUGAAGAAGGCAUCUAUGCUGACUGGUGGCAGGAGCCGGAUGCCAAGGGCGAUGAGGCUGAGGCUGAACCAGAGCCUGAAUUAGCCUGACAGAGAGCCACCCUAUACCUGUCAAGAUCUCGGGAAGCCUGGGCCAGUGGCAAGAGCUAUUUAUUAAAAAAAGUAAAAUGGACAUAGCUGACCAGGCCCCCUCCCAUUCCACCUGCAAGUGCUGCCCAGAUCCCUGCCUCCUUGCUGGGUCCCAGGAGCAGGGAGGGGGGGCGGGUGGUGCUGCCCCUGCUGAGGGCGGGCCUCCUGCCUAGUGCUCUCCCACUGGGGCAGUCUCCUGGAGGAGAAGCUCCAGCUCCGUGUAGUUGGGGCCUCGGCCUGAACUGUUGAGACAACAGGGGCAGUUGUGAAGAGCGCGGGACAGACCAGCCAUUCCUGGCACACCGGCAGUGGGUGCUAAA